UAGAAGAAGUCAGGUAAAACAAGUUUAACUGUUAGAGAGCGUGAAAAACGUGCAAAGAAACCAAUUGAAGAUAAAGCUGCAAUUUUUCGGCUAUGUAGUAGACAAAUGUAUACAUGUGUGCAUGUGUGCAGCAGGCAACGCAGUAAACUCAAAAGAAGUGAAAUUAACGGCCGUUCAAUGGAUGAUUAUCGGAAAAAUAUGUCGCACGAAAUUUCAUAUACCAAUAAUAGUAAAGAAUAUCCGUCGCUGUUACCACAGAAUUCCAUACAAACACAUCCUAGAUUCAAAUGCUUCUCCUGCGAACCGCCCUGCCACAAUGCCUCUCAACAUGCUCACAUGUGCCAGAAUGCUAUACAGUGCUUUAAAUCUCGUGUACGCAAUGCUUUCGGUGAAGAAGAAGUAAGUCGCGGCUGUAUUAAUUCACCCGAUCAAACACCAUUGAUUUGUAGUGCGAAUAAUAUUAAAAGCUUAAAUCCUCGUAAGCGACAUACGGCCUCGCCAGUAAAUGUGGCUUGUUGCGCCGGUGAUUAUUGCAAUGGUGGUGAAUUUCCUGAGUUGUUAAAUACGGAGAUAACACGUUUAAACGAUGAUCGUAGUAAUUUACUAAAAUUGUUAUUUGCUAUUUUGGGUCCCAUUGUGGCCAUAUCAAUAUUGGCCUAUAUAGCUAUAUACUUUAUAAGACGUAAACAUCGCAAACGUUUGCCUUCAUCUCGUACGAAACAAGAUCCUGAUACUUAUCUAAUGAACGAUGAAAGAGUGACAAUAGGUGAUAGCACUUUAAGGGAAUAUUUACAACAUUCCGUUACUUCGGGCUCUGGAUCUGGUUUACCGGUGUUCAUACAACGUACUCUGAAUAAGCAAGUCAGCUUAAUAGAAUGUAUUGGGCGUGGUAAAUACGGUGAAGUAUGGCGUGGCCAAUGGCAUGGUGAAAAUGUCGCUGUGAAAAUUUUUACCAGUCGUGAUGAGAACUCCUGGAGAAGGGAAACGGAAAUUUAUUGUACUGUUGCAUUGCGCCAUGAGAAUAUCUUAGGUUUCAUUGGUUCCGAUAUAGCUUCGCGUAAUUCUUGUACACAAUUAUGGCUACUAACACAUUAUCAUCCUAAUGGAUCUUUGAUGGAUUAUUUGAGUCGCAAUACUCUCACACAUGAGAAAAUGAUAUUAAUAUGCCUUUCAAUUGCUAAUGGUUUGGAGCAUAUUCAUUCAGAGAUCACGCAUUCUUCAGAGAUAUCAGGCAUUGAGGGUAGCUCCGCUAAGCCUGCUAUGGCUCAUCGGGAUUUAAAAUCGAAGAAUAUUUUGGUGAAAUCGAACGGCACAUGUGUUAUAGCUGAUUUCGGUUUAGCGGUUACACAUUCAAACGUUACCGGCAAACUAGAUCUGGGUAAUAAUCCUAAAGUUGGCACUAAACGUUAUAUGGCUCCUGAAGUUCUAGAUGAAAGUAUUGAUAUGCAAAGGUUUGAUUCAUUACGUCCUACAGAUAUAUACGCGUUAGGUUUGAUAUUAUGGGAGGUAUGCAGACGUACGAUUUCAUCGGGUAAAUUUGAAGAAUAUAAAGUACCAUAUUAUGAUGUGGUACCAGCAGAUCCCAGUUUUGAAGAUAUGCGCAAAGUCGUGUGUAUAGACAAUUAUAGACCGUCCAUACCAAAUCGUUGGAGUUCAGAUCCUCUUUUGGAGGACAUGUCCAAACUAAUGAAAGAAUGUUGGCGUCGAAAUCCCGUUGCGCGUGUUUCAGUGUUACGCGUUAGAAAGACUAUACAAAAACUAGCUGCCGCUGAAAAGUUGAAAAAUGAAAAGAUGAAAAGUUACGAAGACGAGAUCUGUGUAUAACAAAUUUUACAUUAAUUUUAUAUUAAUUUCAUUAGCGUAAGUUAAACGUGUUAGAUUUUAUAGUUGUAAAUUUUUAUUAUAUAAAAUAUUUUAGUUCUUUAAAAUUUAAAAGA